UCUUCUCUUUUCUUUUUUGUGAGUUAGAAUUUUGUUCUGCAUUUUUCUCCAGGUCUUUCCUGUACCCUCUAUUUGUAAUCCCCGUCAGAGUAGUUAGUGAUAGUAGCCGGGCACCAUCUAAUUGUACUGGACUCAGUCUGGUGGAGGCUGUGGUAGAUGUGGUCCAUUAGUCCGUUGGACUAAUCUUUCCCUUGUGUCUUUGGUUUUCUUCGUUCUCCUCUGCAGGUGGGGUCUAGUCAUAGUCUUAAAGGAGAGUGGUGGGAGAUGCCAUAUGAUAGAUGAUCAGUGAUGCUGACAAUUGGAGGAAUUAUAAUGAGAUACCCUUCCACCAGGACAGAGGUUUGCAUGUUAAGAGAAGCAGGGAAGCAGGGAUGCCCUCUUCCAUGUAAGCUGCUCAGAACCAGCUGGACAUGGUGGCUGUCUUUCGGUAGUUGAAAAGUGACAAAGCCACGUUUUCAACUCUUUUCUCCUCGGCUCACAUAUAUCUCCUCUUCAAUACAUUAUAUAUUUGACAUUAAAUUAUCAAGGACUAUUAUACACAUUUUUGAUGUAAUUAUCUCAAAUAUCCUUUUGUAUAUGAGUACCUGUGGGAUUGAUUGCCAUUGUACAAGAUGGCCAUGUGGACUACACCAAGGUCAUGAAACUACUUGGGGUCAUUUAAUGUCAGCAGUACCAACAGUCCUGGCAAGGUCAGGAGAACUCACCAAAUAAUCCCAAAGUGGAGAUUAUCUCACUGUUUCUUUCAGAGUGAUGGAGGCAAGAUUCUUAGAGCUGAAGACUCUAGCAAGAAGUAUGGGUUCAUCGUGUACUUUAUUCUCUUUACUUGGUUGACGUAUAAAUGGAUUUUGAGUCCUGAGUGCUUUUUCUUGUUGACUGGGACUCAUUUGGCCUGAAUUUCUACAAAUUAGCUAUAACUAAUGGUUUCAGAGCCAUUUUAGAAUGAGGCGGAAGAAAAAUAAAAACUAAUGUACCAUUAUGUUUUGCUAGUGGCGUAGGAAAAUGAUAAUGUAUUGUAAUGCCAUUGAAUUCCUGAGUUUUGCCUUUGUAAGAAAUCAUUACUAUGCUUAGUCACAUGCAAGGGCACAUAGCUAUCUUGGAUUAUCUCCUUUGAUUGUCGCUGUUUUGUUUCAGUCUUUACCUUGUACCUACCCAAAAUCCUAGCACUUAUUUAGUACAUAGGAAAGAUCCUAAUGACAAGCGUCUUAGUCCUGCAUAGCUGUGGUGUGCUGUAUGAAGUCUGUGGCGGACAACUUUCAAAAGACACAUAUUGGGUGCUGUAAGAGGUAUAAGAUGUGGGGCUCAGUGUGAAUUGUUAGGCAUAGUGCAUUUUGCCCCAGUGCUCUAAACUAACAUGACUUAGGGCGAUGCUCUAGGGUGGAAGAAUUCUUUGCCUCUGUUGUAGUAGUUACUGUGCUGCUUGCAUCCCCAAUGCCAACUCCAACCACAGAGUAGGUUCAGGAGACGCAGGAAUUAGCACAGCCUGCGGGACAGAUUUCUGAAGGUGAGUAUUCUGGUAUCUGAGGCACACAAACGAGCACAUGGCAUGAAUGGUGAGGGAGAAACAGGAAAGAGAAGCCAGUUUGUUGGUGUUUGUUACACCUGAGACAGGAAAGGUAAGAUCCAGGAGUGGAGACAGCUGACUGUUGAGGGCCCUGUGGGCUGGCAGUGCUUGGCCAAACCUCACAUCUGAGCAGGGCUUUUAGCUCUGCAACCAUGAAGCUGCUCUGUCGGAAACUCAGAAGUGAUUAGGGCACACUCUAGCCUGCCCUUUAGAAGUCAUAAUCCUAAUCUUUUAAUUUUGAGGGAUAGGUAAAACUGUCAAAUGGAUGGGACACUUGUGUCAACAGGUCAGUAGAUUGUCAUCAUAUUUCAACAUUCUCUACAAAAAGCCAGUUAAAAGCACAUGGUGGCUUGGUGAGUAUGGACUUCCAAAGCAGCAGUAUUGAACGGCAAGUGAUGUUGAGCUUGUUUCAUCUGUUGUCAGAUGUUUCCAUCUAAAAACUAAACAGAGAACCAGGAAAAUCUUAGGUGUCUGUUACACAGGGCAUUUCUCUUGCAGAGCGUUUGAUCCUCAUCUUCUGGACUCAGUGUUGACUGAGACGUCUCCUCUGCUGAUGUCAUGAUGUCGGCCGCAGCUUCUGGUUAUGCCACCACCUCAUUGCCUCAGUUGGCAAGAGCAAUGCCUAGUGUGCAUGUGGGGGUUAAGGGUAGGGAAUAAAAUGAUAAUUCUCUUUUUUACAUCAGCAUUGUGCAUCUUUGUCCUUGAUUGGCUGAUUAGGAUCAAUUUAUUGAACAUUCCCAAUGGGGAAGCUCUCGAUUGUGCAUGGGUUAUAUCUCAGUUAGAAGAGUACUUUCCCCUAAUGUGUUAGGAAAACUAAGAAUAAUCUGCCCGACAUCCAGGAGUGCCAGGUCCUCGCCAGCAGUCCAUAGGCUGAGCAAGGGCAGGGCGUGAAGCCAAAGGGAACAUCAGGGCUACUGCUUCACUUCCAGCAGAAACAGAACAUUCAUGGGAGGUAGAGUUCUAAUUCUAAUCACAAGAACCUUACAAGUGGAAUUGGGCUUUGAGUCAAUUGGAGAUUAUGAAACGCAUCUUGCGGAUUUGGGGAGGGUGGCAAGACCUGACAACAGGUAAGAUGUGUUCUCAUGUAAAACAAUGCUCGGUAUGUGUUGGCAAAUUUAUUGUUUGCAACGUUAUUGUCCAAGGGUCAGAUAAACAUGCAAAGAAAAGCUAACUUUAAGUUAGAGUUGAUAUAAUUAGAUUUAAUAUAAUAGCCACAUUUACAGAUGUUACAUGUGUUUUCUGAUGUAGUGAGUGGACAGUCAGGCGCUCUUUAAAAACUGGAUCAUAUUCAAAAUAUAUGUAAUUAAUUUUAUACUUGAGGCAAGGCAAUCAUUUAUUAAGGAAAGCAAUCAGAUGUGUAUGAGAGGUUAAUUUUUUUGUAUCACAACCAGAAUAAUUAUUUCACACUCAAAGUUGACUUGUUUGAAGUUAUUUUAAAUGCCAACUUUAUUUUUUUCAUAGUAAAGAAAUGUUUUGAUGUGCAGACACCUUCUGCCAUUUAAUAUUAAUCUAAAAACAGCUAAAACAUCUUUCCACCUCUAGCUAGAAUCCUUUUAUUACUGCUGAGACCAACCCUCAUUAACUGAUGGGAAUGCACUGUUUUGCUCCCAGUGUAAUUUUAGAGUCUUGGUGGGUAAUCACAUUCCGCAGUAAAUGUUCAGUAGAUGCUGCGUAGUGCACAAGUGUAUGAGAACAGCCAGCCAGUGUCUUCUUCAUGCUAAAUGUGGUUCCCCACGUCUCCUGACUAGAGGUGUGCUCUGAACAAGCCGAGACGGGGCCGUGCCGAGCGAUGAUCUCCCGCUGGUACUUUGAUGUGACCGAAGGGAAGUGUGCCCCGUUCUUUUACGGCGGAUGUGGCGGCAACCGAAACAACUUUGACACUGAGGAGUACUGCAUGGCCGUCUGUGGCAGCGUCAUUCCUACCACAGCUGCCAGCACCCCUGAUGCCGUUGACAAGUACCUGGAGACUCCUGGAGAUGAGAAUGAACACGCACAUUUCCAGAAAGCCAAGGAGAGACUCGAGGCCAAGCACCGUGAGAGAAUGUCCCAGGUCAUGAGAGAAUGGGAAGAGGCAGAACGUCAAGCAAAGAACUUGCCCAAAGCUGAUAAGAAGGCAGUUAUCCAGCAUUUCCAGGAGAAAGUGGAGUCUCUGGAACAGGAAGCAGCCAACGAGAGACAGCAGUUGGUGGAGACGCACAUGGCCAGAGUGGAAGCCAUGCUCAAUGACCGUCGUCGCCUGGCUCUGGAGAACUACAUCACUGCCCUGCAAGCUGUUCCUCCACGGCCUCGUCAUGUGUUCAACAUGCUAAAGAAGUAUGUGCGCGCUGAGCAGAAAGACAGACAGCACACCCUAAAGCAUUUUGAACAUGUGCGCAUGGUCGAUCCAAAGAAAGCUGCGCAGAUCCGGUCCCAGGUUAUGACACACCUCCGUGUGAUUUACGAGCGGAUGAACCAGUCUCUCUCCCUGCUAUACAAUGUACCUGCAGUGGCCGAGGAGAUUCAGGAUGAAGUUGAUGAGCUGCUUCAGAAAGAGCAAAAUUACUCAGAUGAUGUCUUGGCCAACAUGAUCAGUGAACCAAGAAUCAGUUAUGGAAAUGAUGCCCUCAUGCCAUCUUUGACUGAAACAAAAACCACGGUGGAACUCCUUCCCGUGAAUGGCGAGUUCAGUCUCGAUGACCUCCAGCCGUGGCAUCCUUUUGGGGUCGACUCUGUGCCAGCCAACACCGAAAAUGAAGUUGAGCCUGUUGACGCCCGCCCUGCUGCCGACCGAGGACUGACCACUCGACCAGGCUCCGGGUUGACAAACAUUAAGACAGAAGAGAUCUCGGAAGUAAAGAUGGACGCAGAGUUCCGACAUGAUUCAGGAUAUGAAGUUCAUCAUCAAAAAUUGGUAUUCUUUGCGGAAGACGUGGGUUCUAACAAAGGUGCAAUCAUUGGACUCAUGGUGGGCGGUGUUGUCAUAGCAACAGUGAUCGUCAUCACCUUGGUGAUGCUGAAGAAGAAACAGUACACAUCCAUCCAUCAUGGUGUGGUGGAGGUUGACGCGGCCGUGACCCCCGAGGAGCGCCACCUCUCCAAGAUGCAGCAGAAUGGCUAUGAAAACCCAACUUACAAGUUCUUCGAGCAGAUGCAGAACUAGACCACCACCACAGCAGCCUCUGAAGUUGGACAGCAAAACCAUUGCUUCACUACCCAUCGGUGUUCAUUCAUAGAAUAGUGUGGAAAGAAACAAACCCUUCUGUUUUAUUAUUUACUCAUUAUCGCCUUUUGACAGCUGUGCUGUAACACAAGUAGAUGCCUGAACUUGAAUUAAUAUACAAAUCAGUAAUGUAUUCUCUCUCUUUACAUGCUGGUCUCUACACUACAUUAUUAAUGGGUUUUGUGUACUGUAAAGAAUUUAGCUGUAUCAAACUAGUGCAUGAAUAGCUCUCUCCUGAUUGAUUAUCACGCAUAGCCCCUUAGCCAGUUGUAUAUUAUUCUUGUGGUUUGUGAC